AGAGCGAGCGAACAAGAGGGGAGGGAGUGCGGGCCGAUCGUAGGCUGUGAACAAGACGCAGCGAGUAGGAAUGGGAGAGAGACGGAGGCGCCUCGACAUCUGAAAGUUUUAAACCAAUGAUCGCGGUAGGUGAUGCGGAGCAAGACUGGGGGUUCCUCCAACGUGUGCAAAGAAAACAAAUUCCACAUCAUGGACCGCUUCAGGCAGAGACAGAUUUAGCUUUCACCGCUGAGGGAGGGCAUUCUCUGUCACGAUCUAUAUUCGGGGAGGACGGGAAUGUAAUAAUGGGAUCGGGGAACUGAAAAAACCCCUACAAAGGAUUAACAUGCAUCGCAUGCCCUCAUGCUGCACUGUGCUCCCAGAACUAAAUAUUGCUUUAGUGUUCGUGAAAGUGAGGACGUAGCGGCACGGAAGAAUACUCAGGGAGUUACUCAACAUCGAAGAGGGACUUGAAUGGACAUCAGAUGUCUUCAGUAGAAGUGGCUCAGUGGAUGACAACAGCACCAGCAGCCCAGGAAAGUGAGGAGCCCUGCUAACAUCUCACAGCAGAAGUCAUAAUCCAGUGGGGAUUACUGCCGGCUCUGGAGUUUAUACUGUGGACCGGUCCUUUUUUUUUUUUUGUGUCCCUCCGAGCAGUGGAUCCAUACUCCUUUUGAGCUCCUUCUUUUGGUCUGCACAGUGAAACAGAGGGAUGAAGCACCCUGUGCAUUGACCCCGAGGCGCCCCGCCCCACGCCGUGUCCCUGCCCGUGGGACACGGCGACCAUGCUGACCGAGUGUCCAACGGCAGAAGGAUCAGAGCCCCGACCCGCGCUACGGCCUGCCGCGCCCUCCGCAGCACCAUGUCUCAGGCCGCCGCUGCUACUCUGCAGGCUAACGGCUCACAGUCCGGGGAAGAGCCCGAGGGGAAGCUACAAUGGGCCGCCCUGCUCAUCGUCAUGGUCAUUGUCCCCACUAUUGGGGGAAACAUCCUGGUCAUCUUGGCCGUGUCCCUUGAAAAAAAGCUGCAGAACGCCACCAACUACUUUCUAAUGUCGCUUGCGGUGGCUGAUCUGUUGGUGGGACUCCUCGUGAUGCCCAUCGCCCUCGUCACUGUUUUGUACGAUUCGGACUGGCCUCUCCCGGAGCCCCUCUGCCCCAUUUGGCUGUUCCUAGACGUGCUUUUCUCAACCGCAUCAAUUAUGCACUUAUGCGCCAUUUCGCUGGAUCGCUACAUCGCCAUCAAGAAGCCCAUCCAACACAGCCAGUACAAGUCGAGAACCAAAGCGAUGGUGAAGAUUGCACUCGUGUGGCUCAUAUCUAUUUGUAUUGCAAUCCCAAUUCCAAUUAAGGGGCUUAAGAACAACCACCUCCCCAACAACAUCACCUUCAACAGUAACCACACAUGCAUGCUGAAAACAGACACCUUCCACGAGUUCAUCAUGUUUGGCUCCAUGGCGGCAUUCUUCGUCCCUCUGACAAUCAUGAUGGUCAUCUACCUACUCACUGUCCGCGUGCUGCGCAAAAAGGUCUAUUUGCUGAGGUCACGGGUGACUCAGCGCUUCAGCUCCCCGACAGUCUCCACGGUCUUUCAAAGGGAAGAGGCCAGAUCGCCGCCUCAAUGGGGGCAGCUUCACAACCAGGAGAGGAGACUUCCCCGGACGCAAGACAAAACCUACGCGGACGGAAACAGCUCUCCGACGGGAGACGAAACAUCCUUCCGGAGAAUGUCGACAAUCGGCAAGAAGUCGAUGCAGACUCUGAGCAACGAGCAGCGCGCCUCCAAGGUGCUGGGCAUCGUCUUCCUCCUGUUUGUAGUCAUGUGGUGCCCCUUCUUCAUCACCAACAUCACCUCCGUGCUGUGCACCAGCUGCGAUGUCCAUGUGAUGGCCCGCCUCAUGGAGAUCUUUGUUUGGGUGGGCUACGUGUCGUCGGGCAUCAACCCCUUAGUCUACACUCUGUUUAACAAGACUUUCAGGCAGGCGUUCACACGCUACAUGACCUGUGAUUACGAGAGCACCACCAGCUAUGGCCCGGGGAGGCGCCACAGGGCGUCAAAUGCCGAUUGGACCCUUACGCGGAUUUCAUUCAGCUCUUCUGUGGCAGAAAACUCUAAACGGAUCAUGAAGCGUGGAAUGAAGAACGGCAUCGGAGCGGUUAGCUACCAGAGCCGGCAAACCCCCGCGCAGGCCCCCAGUGGCGUGUUGCUGGACACAGUGCUUCUGACCGAAUGUGAAGAUGGCAAGCCGGAAGAACAUGAUAGCUGCGUAUAGCAAAGCCUGAAAAAAUGAAUCCCAUUUUUAAAAAAGGGAGCACUUUAAAAUGCAUCCAAUUGUAGAGUGUCCUUUUUAUCUUUUUAAUAGCCAACAUUCAAAAUGCAUGAUUCUCAAUCUGCUUUUACUACCAAUUUGAUUGACAGAUAAUGUCGGUUCUUACUGCACACAACACCGCAACGACAUCCAAGUCAUGCUGAUGAUUAUCAUUGUUGUAAACAAUGUUGUUUAACAAAAUGCAAAAUACUGCAACAUUUUCAUUAAAAUCAUUUCAGAAACACAAUAAACAGUAAAAAUGGACUGAAUAUGUCCACAGGUCCAAUGAAUUCUCCAAGACUACGUGUAGCGUACCAGAGGAGUUUGAGUUGUCAAAGGUUAAAAAAAACAACUUUGUGAUGACCUGUAACAGGUCAACUAGGCGAACAAGGAGUAUAAAAAGAUCAAAUUUAGACAAAGAUGUGGCUACCAAACAAAUGUUAGGAAUGAGUUCGGUGUGAAUACACACACGAUGUUUCCAUAUGCUGUUCCCGUCUAGUUGGGCUAUUUAUGCUUUUAACCAUCUCGGAUACGUGCUUACAUGCUACAUGUUGACAAUAAACUAAUUGUUUGCUGGAC